CCGGCAAUCAGCCACAACUCGUAGUGGCCAUCGGCAACAUUGCUCAACGCCAGAGAGAGAGCUGUGAGGGUAGCACUUGUGCGGCAAACACACCCAAUGUUUGUGUUUUCGAAUUUUUCGUGAUACUACGAGUGGUUGGUGGCCAUUUGGCAAGGCAUGUAGCACCGUUAUUGAAUCGUUCGAGAUGUGGAUGACGACGAAAACCAAAUACGCCGUCGCCAUUUACAAUUGGCGGAGAGACACGCGAUAUGGUCUCCCUUUGGAAAUUGGAGAAACGGUGCAGAUUCUGGAGGAAUGCGCAGGCUGGUAUAGAGGCUUUUCGAUCAAGAAUCGCGCAGUCAAGGGAAUCUUUCCCAGCACAUACGUCCAUCUGAAACCAUGUAAAAUCGAGAAUGAGGGCUUGUUUGAGUCGGUGAUACCACUGGAGGAUCCGGUAGUACGAGAAGUCACCCUCGUGCUUCGAGAAUGGGGCGGAAUAUGGAAGAGGCUCUAUGUGGAAAGGGAGACCUACAAAUUCAACACGUUGCGCAAAGUAAUGCGGGAAUUGCUGGAAUGGCGGCGUCAACUUUUGGCCGGUACUCUUACCACCGAUCAAACACGGGAGCUCAAGUUGCGAAUAAUCAACAAAGUGGACUGGGGAAAUCGGAAAUUGGGCUUAGACCUGGUACCUCGUCAAGGUGCCCAUAUGGUGGAUCCGGAUACGAUGUCAGUCGUUGAACUGUAUCACGUGCACGUUCAAAGCGCGGAAAAUUCGCAAGGAGCGUCGGGAAGAGGGACCCUUAGGCGGAAGGAGCACAAGAAAGUCUUAACCCAUCAUCUUUACUUCUGCAUGCGAGACUUCGGCCACUCGAUCGGCGAGGACACGGAGGUCUACUUCUCCUUGUACGACGCGAAACGUAGCCAAUACCUGAGCGAACGUUUCUUGGUGAGAAUCUCCAAGGAGGGAUUUUCGAGUUUCAUCGAGAAGAUACACAGCAAUUGUACGAUUUUCACGGAUCUCGGCAACGCCGAUCUUAGCAGGGACCUUUACAUGGUUGCGCACGUGAUGCGAUGUGGAAGAAUGCUGUAUUCGGAUUCCGGCAAAAACAAGGCGGGAACAGCGACUUACAGGAGACCUCAUGGAGUCGCGGUGCUCUCCCUGGCCGAAGCCACCCAGGAUCACUCGGAGGAGCUCGAGAUGACGUUCAAGGUGUAUCAAGGAGAGGAGAAAGAUUUUCAUCAAUUGCACGAGCAGAUUAUCCGCAAUAACAAGUGUUCCCUGCUUCCCGGCCAGCCUAAUUACGGCAUAGUAAUUUCUCUACGCGUUUUGCACGGAGAACUGUCUCAAGUCCGGGAAGAGAAUCCUUUGCUCUUCAAAAAUAUUUGUUUAACGAAAAAACUCGGCUUUUCCGACGUAAUCAUGCCCGGCGACGUGCGGAACGAUUUGUACCUGAAAUUGGAACGCGGAGAAUUCGAACGAGGUGGAAAAUCUACCGGGAAAAACAUCGAGGUGACCAUUUUGGUGUUGGAUGCCGAUGGACAACCGUUGGAAGAUUGUUUAUUUGGCGCAGCUGGAAUGGAGGGUAGUUCCGAGUAUCAAAGUUUAGUUAUAUACCAUCACAAUGGUCCGUCGUGGGCCGAGACGGUUCGAUUGGCAAUACCUAUAGACAAAUUCUACGGGAGCCACGUUCGAUUUGAAUUCCGUCAUUGUUCCACGCGCGAGAAAAACGACAAGAAAUUAUUCUCCUUUGCCUUCGUUCGACUUAUGGAGCCUGGGGGAGCCACUCUUCAGGAUGGACCGCACGAGUUAUAUAUUUAUAAAUGCGAGGAUCGCUCCAAAUUGGACUCGUUGAGUUAUCUCUCCUUGCCGAGCAGUGGUCGAGAACCAAACGCAAUAGGUUCACCAUCGUUCUCCAGAUCCCCGAAAGAAGUGGUAUUCGUGACCACGUUGCUUUGCAGCACGAAACUAACGCAAAAUGUCGACCUCCUGAGCCUGUUGCAAUGGAAAGCCCACCCGGAACGAAUAUCGGAGGCUCUCGGCCGCGUUCUUCGGUUGGACGGCGAGGAAUUGGUCAAAUUUUUGCAAGAUAUAUUGGACGCCCUUUUUUCCAUGUUUCACACAGAAGACGGCAACUCCACGGCUCACUCGGGUUUGGUCUUCCAAGUGCUCGUCUCCAUCUUCAGCCUCCUCGAAGAUUCCAAAUUCGAGCAUUUCAAACCCGUGAUGGACGCGUACAUUUCCGGCCAUUUUGCGGCCGCUCUCGUCUACAAGGGCCUUUUAAGUAGCGUGCAGCAUUGCGCCGACUGGGUGACAGCAGCCGAGAAACAGGAGCCCAUAAUCAAAUGUUUCCGUUCCUUGGAAUACAUCUUCAAAUUUAUCAUUCAGAGCCGUCUGUUGUUCGCCAGAGCAACUGCCGGCCAAUACGAGGACAGCUUCAAGCGAGAUCUCUAUUGCGUGUUUGCCGCGUUGAACAAGAUGCUGGGCAUACCGUACGACAUGGUGCUCCACUCUCAAAUAGCUCUACUUUACUCGAUCUCAGCCGUGUUCGAGCAACUGGUCGCCGUGCUACCAGUCCUCGAGGUAGCUAAACUCACUUGUACGAUGCUCGACUCGGUGCCGAGAGAACCGCCAGCGCAGCUUACUCAGGCCAAAUUAACAGCCAUAAAGAACCUGACCACCUCCUCCUUGUUUCGCGAGGACAACGAGAGCAGAAAUCUGCUGUUGGUUACCAUGUGCAGACAUUUGAGGAUUCACUUGGUCAGACGAGAGGAGCUGCGCUCCUGUACUGAAAUCCUUGGCGAAAUUCUCAGCUUUUUGUACAAAAGGGGGCAGGAUUCGAACAAGGUCAAUAAUUGCAUCCAACACGACGUUGAGACGUUGUGUCUUUCCGUUCUGGACGUGUUGAUACAGACCAUUCUGAUCGUCGUAAACAGCAGUGGCCCUGUGCUGGGCUGUCUAGUGGCUUGCUUGAUAGGAUUGCUUCAGCUCUUAGACGAAUAUCACUAUGUCCGGCUUUGGGAGGAAUUGGCUCAUGCUGGUGAGAGGAAACCUCUCAAGGAUUUCCUUCUCAGAGUUUUUCUGGUUCUCCGGGAUCUGGUCAGGCAAGAAGUGUUCCCGCCUGAUUGGCUGGUGAUCAGAAUGCAAGCGAACAAUGUUAUCCUAAAAUCUUUGAAAGAGCUUGCUCAACCUCUAGCCUUUCGUUUUGUGGACGAUUGCUUCGAUGCCCAACUCUGGUCCACGUACUUUAAUCUGGCUGUAGCCUAUCUCACGCAGCCAUCCCUGCAACUUGAACAAUUUUCUGAGGUAAAGCGUGAAAAGAUCAUUGAAAAGUACGGAGAUAUGAGAGUGUUGAUGGGCUUUCAAAUAUUAUCCAUGUGGUCCAAUUUGCAUGAUCAUAAGUUAGAGUUCAUUCCUGGUAUGGUGGGCCCUUUCUUGGAAGUCACUUUGGUUCCCGAAAGCGAACUAAGGAAAGCCACUUUGCAUAUAUUUUUCGACAUGAUGGAAUGUGAACAACGAGCUCGUGGCAGCUUCAGAUCCGUGGAAUCGGAAUUAAUAGAUAAACUAGAUAUCUUGAUCAGUGAGAACAAAGGUGACGACGAGUACAGACAAUUGUUUAACACAAUGGAGCAUCUUAGUGCUGUAUUAUUAGACAGAGUUCAGUCAGAGGAUCCAGCCUGGAAGGAUAGCGGAACUGCUUUCAUUACGUCAAUUACGCGUUUAUUGGAAAGACUGUUAGAUUAUAGAAGCGUAAUUCAAGGCGACGAAAAUCGCGAUAAACGUAUGUCGUGUACUGUUAAUUUAUUGAAUUUUUACAAGAACGAAUUUAAUCGAAAGGAGAUGUAUCUGCGCUAUAUUUAUAAGCUUCACGACCUGCAUUUAGCAGCUGAAAAUUAUACCGAAGCCGGAUUUACAAUGAAGCUAUACGCCGAUCAGCUUGGCUGGAGUUCCACAAUUCUGCCUCCGGAUCAUUCGCAUCCUCAACAACCGGAAUGGCAGAGAAAAGAGGUUCUUUAUCACAAAAUAAUUCAUUACUUAGAUCGAGGCAAAUGUUGGGAGAAAGGUAUCCCGCUGUGCAAGGAAUUGGCGAUACUGUACGAAACUAGAUUAUAUGAUUACGCGAAACUGAGUCACGUACUGAAGUUGCAAGCCAAAUUCCUGGACAAUAUAUUGACCCAACUUCGACCCGAGCCGGAAUAUUUUAGAGUAGGCUUCUACGGUCUGAGCUUUCCUCUUUUUGUCAGAAACAAGCUAUUCAUCUACCGGGGUCUAGAAUACGAGAGAAUAGGGGCAUUCACACAACGACUACAGACUGAAUUUCCAAGCGCACAAAUAUUAAUGAAAAACUCCCCGCCUGACGAGAGUAUUUUGAGUUCCGAGGGACAAUAUAUACAAAUCUGCAACGUGAAACCAAUCCCUGAAGAAAGUAGUCUGGCCUGUCGAGGGGCGGAGGUACCAGAACGAGUGGUCGCGUUCUAUCUGGUGAACGACGUUCGAAAAUUCAUUUUCGACCGACCGCUUCACAGGGGGCCGGUCGAUCGAGAAAACGAGUUUAAAUCUCUGUGGAUCGAAAGAACCACGCUGACCACCGAGGCGAAGCUACCAGGUAUACUUAGAUGGUUCGAAGUGAUCGAAAAGAGAUCGGAAUUGUUGGCGCCUGUACAAUAUGCUUGCGAAACUAUGCUGAGCGUAGAGAGAGAAUUGAGGAGACUUGUCGCACAAUACACUGCCGAACCUCAUCGAAACAUUAAUCCGUUCAGUAUGCGUCUUCAAGGCAUUAUCGAUGCUAACGUAAUGGGUGGGAUAACCAAGUACCAAGAGGCCUUUCUCACUCCUGAAUUCGCUAGGCAAAAUCCGGAAAUGGUGCCGCACGUAAAUAGAUUGAAAGGUUUGAUUCUUGAUCAGAUGAGCGUUUUGGAAGCUGGAUUAAAUUUACAUGGGCAAAUCGCGCCGGCGGGUGUGCAACCGCUACACAAAAGACUGCACGAGAGAUUUACGCAGCUAAAACAAAAUCUUGGUCCCUUGGCUAGGCAACGAACAAUUCAUCAGGAUAGCAUUGUCAACUCACCGUUGCCUCCGUUGCCUAUCAACGAGAAGCAACGACCAGUUACGUUGGAAACGGCUGGCUGUCGAACUUCGCACGCAGACAGUGAUGGUUUGCCCGAAGACGAAGGUUUUUACACGAAAGUAGAUGGUGGACCGCCUCCUAUUCCACAACGAGAAGUACGACCACGUUCCGUGGGUUAUGGCACAACCCCACCUCGACCUACGCAUCAAAGAUCUUUGAGCAAGCCGUUAAGCCCAAAAUUACCAUUGAGACAUUCUUUGCCGACGCCAACCGAUGGCGUGGAUCAGACUGGUUUGAGAACUUCAUGGAGUGAACCUGGUCCCGAACCAGCUCCGCCUUUGCCACCAAGAGGUUGCACUCCCGACAAGAGAGAUUCAAAUAUGAAUACCAUGGUACCACCGGCACCACCGAAACGUUUAGCGUAUAAAUGUAACGCAGAAUGGAGUACGGAUGAUGAUUCGGAAGCGCAGAAUGAACCGAACGAUCUUCGCGAUAGCGGCAUAUCAACUGCUAGUUUGUUAGAUUUUCAAUCGCAUUUAAGCAACUUGAACAAUCUCGGUUACGAGGAUUUUGAACCGCGGACAAGGUGCAACGAUAUCAUGAAUAUCUCACCACCAUCCGUAAUAAAUGCGUUGAACGUUUCUACGGCAAAUUUUGCGAGCAAUAUGUUCCAAGGAUCGCAUUCUUUGCCAGGUCAAGAGGUUAGUCCACCACCGAUACCACCGAAGGCACAUCAAGAUACUCCUUCGGCCCCAUCUACUUUGGAAAGAGUGUCAAAUCGCUCACAGUCUCAUGGUCAUUCGGAAAAUUAUUCAGUACCAAAACUUCAAACAUUAUCUAUGGCAACUGAUACUGAAAGCACUGUGUAGCAACGAUGAUAAAUCUCCUAGUCCUAGCGGUUAAUUGUGAUGUGCGUGUGCCACAGUCGAGCAAAUCCGAUUGUAGAAUCGCGUACAUACCAUGUAUUAGCGGAACUUUGAUAACUCGCACGAUUAUUGGCAAACACGUAACUAACAAUUGAAACUAAUUGGAUUUGCAUAGCAAAGUCUCUGACAUUUGCACAUCAUUAUAUACAUACAUAUAACGUUAUUAUGCAUAAGAAAAUUCUGUAAUAAUCGAAAAGAAAUUUCUUUUAAUGCGUAACUCGACAUGGAUUACACCAACCUGUGUAUAACGUACCUUAGUAAAAACAUGGUAUCGAAAUGCUGAGAACGACCAAGACUCAUCGGCGAUUAUUCGGGACAAAUUGUAUUCGAAUUUAAUUAUGUAGAAGUUUGGUCUGGUAGCGCUCGGCGUUCACAAUGAUACAGUAUUGACUUUACGUUAAAGACGACGAUCUUCCGAAUAUUAAUCUAACUAUAUUUUGUAAUUUAUUUAUAUUUUCAAUGAGAAUAAAGGUAAUUUUUAUCAAUGA